UAGGAAGCUUUGAAUUAGUGCGUCUCUUGCUCACGAACCGGCAAAGAGGUAUUGUGGUACUGGAUGUAUCAAAACUUACUUUGUAGUUAACGUAACUGUAACGAUAGACCUAGUGAAGGACUCAGGAUGUUUUAUUUAAGCGGUCUAUAUGUGGCAGUAACUCUUGCUUUGGUACCCAGUAUUAACGUUGAUGCUUUAAAAGACGGAGAUUGUGAAGUGUGUGUAAGUUUCCUGGGAAGAUUUUAUCAGACACUGAAAGACAAUGAUGUCAAGUUCAGCAGUGCAGAAAUUGAAAAAGCUUUCAUGAAAACCUGUAAGGAUGCAAAGGGGAAGGAGAACAGACUCUGUUACUACAUAGGAGCAACGAGUGAUGCAGCCACUAAAAUGAUCAACGAAGUCUCGAAGCCCAUGAGUUACCAUGUGCCAGUUGAGAAGAUCUGUGAUAAGCUCAGGAAGAAAGACAGUCAAAUCUGUGAGCUUAAAUAUGAGAAAGAGUUGGACCUAAGCACAGUGGAACUGAAAACACUGAAGGUGAAGGAGUUGAAGAAAAUCCUAGAGCAUUGGGAUGAGACAUGUAAAGGAUGUGUUGAGAAGACCGACUUCAUCCGCAAAAUCCAGGAACUCAUGCCUAAAUAUGCUCCAAAUGCAGCCAAGGCACGGACAGAAUUUUAAUGUAACUUCUUUAGUUGAAAUCAUUAUUCUUUGGGAGAAGCGAAAAGUACUGUGGCCUGAUGAUCACAUCACAGAUUUUUUUGAACCCUACAGUCUGACAGUCUUGCAGAUCUUUUCUAGAAAUGGUCUCCUGUUUGAGUUUGAAAGUUUUGCAAAACGUGUUUGAUUUUUAUCAUGAUCUAUGCUGUACAAACCAUAUGUUUAUCCCAGUUGUACUAUAAUUUUUCAUUAAAACCAUAAAAAUCUA